CAGCCGGACGCCACUAUGGUGCAUCAUUCCGGAUCAAUACAGUCCUUCAAGCAGCAAAAGGGCAUGCACACCAGUAUCAGCGAGAUCCUGAAGGAGAAGAGCCUGAAGCCGUCUCGUCGCAGUCUGCCCUGUCUAGCUCAAAGUCAAACACAUCCUCACAACCUCAGCCACUUCCUGUCUGUGCCUCUGGAUCCGGAGCCUGAGCCCAAAGCAAACACAAACACUCACAGCGUCCAUGCCUCGUGUACACACAUCACGCCUCCAUCCACAGAUGUUAAUAAUGGCCAGUAUGUAGAGGAGAUGGAGACAGCAGUAUAUGAGUCUAGAACAGACGAGUCGCUCCUCAUCCAGCAGAAGCCUGCAUCAAGAGGCAAGCUGGAAGCUCGUAUGGACUCUGUACGGGGAACUAAUCCAGCAAGUGCCAAAGGGCUUUUGUUUCGAGAUGGGAAGAAACGAAUUGACUAUAUUCUGGUGUAUAAGAAGUCCAGUCCUCAGGUUGAGAAGAGGUGCACUUUUGAGAAGAACCUGCGUGCAGAGGGACUGAUGCUGGAGAAAGAGCCCUCUUUAACCAACAAUGACAUAAUGUUUGUAAAGAUACACGCUCCAUGGGACACGCUGUGUAAAUAUGCAGAGCAAAUGAACAUCAGAAUGCCUUUCAGGUACAGAAAAAAGUGCUACUUCUCAGACUGGAAAAAGAAGACAAUGGGAAGUCGAUUUCAUUUGAGAUGCCGUCAAAUAAAGAGUUGGCUGCCUAGGAACCCGAUGAAGCUGGAUAAGGAGGCGUUGCCUGAUCUGGAGGAGACAGAUUGCUACACUGCCCCCUUCAGCAGGGCCAGAAUGCAUCAUUUUACCAUCAACAACAGAGAUUCCUUCUUCUCCAACUCCACGAGAAGCAGAAUAGUGCACCAUGUAUUGCAGCGCACCAAGUAUGAGGACGGCAAGUCAAAGAUGGGUAUCAACCGGUUACUUGGCAAUGGCACAUAUGAGGCUGCAUUUCCCCCUCAUGAGGGCAGCUACAAGAGCAGACACCCAAUAAAGACCCAUGGGGCUCAGAACCACAGGCACCUGCUCUAUGAGCGAUGGGCUCGCUGGGGCAUCUGGUACAAAUACCAGCCUUUAGACCUUAUACGACGGUACUUUGGGGAAAAGAUUGGCCUGUAUUUUGCAUGGUUGGGUUGGUACACAGGUAUGCUGAUCCCCGCAGCAUUGGUUGGUGUUUUUGUCUUCCUCUAUGGCCUCUUCACCAUGGACUCCAGCCAAGUGAGUAUAGAGAUCUGUGAGGCCAACACCACAAUCAUGUGUCCCAUGUGUGAAGUGAACUGCAGCGCCUGGAAACUCAGUGACAGCUGUAUCUAUGCAAAGGUAACUCAUCUGUUUGAUAAUGGUGGCACAGUCUUCUUUGCCAUUUUCAUGGCAAUAUGGGCUACAGUCUUCCUUGAAUUCUGGAAAAGAAGGAGAGCAGAACUGACUUAUGACUGGGAUUUAAUUGACUGGGAGGAGGAAGAGGAAGAACUACGGCCCCAGUUUGAAGCAAAGUACUCACGGAAGGAGAGAGUGAACCCCAUCUCAGGCAAACCAGAACCUUUCCAGCCAUUCAGUGACAAACUCAGUCGCCUCAUGGUCUCUGUGUCCGGGAUCUUCUUCAUGAUCUCCCUGGUGCUGACAGCAGUGUUUGCUGUGGUGGUUUUCCGGCUUAUUGCUAUGGAGAAGUUCGCCUCCUUCCAGUGGGAGUUUAUAAAGAAGAACUGGCAGUUUGCCACCUCUGGCACUGGAGUCUGCAUCAACUUCAUGAUAAUCAUGUCUCUCAAUGUGGUUUACGAGAAAGUGGCCUAUCUGUUGACAAAUCUAGAACACCCACGGACCGAGUCCGAAUGGGAGAACAGCUUUGCCCUUAAGAUGUUUCUCUUCCAGUUCGUCAACCUCAACAGCUCCACCUUCUACAUUGCUUUCUUCCUAGGAAGGUUUGCAGGCAGACCUGGAGAUUAUAAUAAGCUAUUUAACCGCUGGAGAAUGGAGGAAUGCCAUCCUAGUGGCUGUCUGAUUGAUUUAUGCUUGCAAAUGGGAGUGAUCAUGGUGUUAAAACAGAUUUGGAAUAACUUCAUGGAGCUGGGCUACCCGCUGUUACAGAACUGGUGGUCUCGGCGGAAGAUGAGGCGAGCAGGAGAACAGAAUAAUGUGGAAAGCAAAGAGCAGCUUCCUCAGUGGGACAAAGACUGGAACCUGCAGCCCAUGAAUGCCCACGGCCUGGUUGAUGAAUACCUAGAAAUGGUGCUCCAGUUUGGUUUUACGACCAUCUUUGUGGCGGCAUUUCCUCUGGCUCCUCUGCUGGCUCUGCUCAACAACAUCAUUGAGAUCAGACUGGAUGCAUACAAAUUUGUGACACAGUGGAGGAGACCCAUGCCAGCCAGAGCGACUGAUAUUGGAAUUUGGCAUGGUAUCCUGGAAGGCAUUGGUGUGGUGGCUGUCAUUACCAACGCAUUUGUCAUUGCCAUCACAUCUGACUACAUUCCUCGAUUUGUCUAUGCCUUCAAAUAUGGACCCUGUGUGGACAAGGGCUACCAGCAUGACCAAUGCCUGAGAGGAUAUAUGAACAGUAGUCUCUCUGUGUUUGACAUGGGAGACCCAAAGAACGGAAGUCAAUAUGGAACACGAUACUGCAGGUAUCGGGACUACAGAGCUCCCCCAUGGAGCUCACAGCCCUAUGAGUUCACCCUGCAGUUCUGGCAUGUGCUCGCUGCCAGACUGGCCUUCAUCAUCGUCUUUGAGCACCUGGUGUUUGGCAUUAAGACCUUCAUUGCUCAUCUGAUCCCGGACAUGCCUAAAGACCUGUGUGAACGUAUGCGCAGGGAGAAGUACCUCAUGCAGGAAAUGAUGUAUGAAGCAGAAUUGGAGCACCUGCAGAAGGAGAGGAAGAAAAAUGGCAAGCGUUAUCACCACGAGUGGCCUUAGCUGUGCCCAGCAGAUGGACGUAUCAUAUGCACAUCCAUGCACACACCAAUAAAUAAAUAAUCAAUGCGGGAGCAGAUACGAGUACAGACACAGAGGACGACCGUGCAGGAACUGCAAAUUAUUUGCAUUUAUUCAUGCAUGCAUGUCCAUGCCGCAGCUUUGGAUAGCUAAGCUUUACUGACCAAACCCUCAACACAUGCUACCCACUUUGAUUGCUGGUUUUCUUUGCUGGUGAAUCAAAUAGUGAGGCUGAAGUUCUUUGAAGAACAGUCGCUCUUGAGUGGACAGCCCUGCUCUGCACCAAAGAGCUUCUUCCAAGACUCUUGCCUGAGGCCUUCCCAUCAUCUUCUCUGGUCUCUGAAUUUUUUUUCUGGCUGAAUAUCAGAGUCCUGGAUGAGAUUUUACUUUUAUCCUCUCUUCUACCACUCCUUCAGUGUUUUGCCUCUGCUGGCUUCUUUGCUCUUUUCUGAACUAUGUCUUGUUUUUCAAAAGGGAACAGGAUGCAAUUGUAUUGUUUACUAUGCAGAAGAAGGGCUUUGGAGUUUGUCCUCAAUGUCCACACCUUUGUCACACUCCAUAGCUCCUUUUUCUCUCACUAUUUUUCUCUUUUUCUCGGGCAGCUAACAAACCGCUAUCAGCUACACAUUAUCUAAAUCUCUGUGCAGUUUGGCCUUUGUGUUAAUGCUUGGUUGUUCAAAGAACAAGGCCUGGCUUUUUCCUUUUUUGCCGCUCAUUACAAUUUACAAAUUGCUCUUCAUAGAAAAGUGACUUUUCAGGUAAUGUGGAUACCAGUUUAUGCAAAAAUACAGCAAAUUGAUAUAAACAUCACGUACCAACCUGACAUAGCAUGCAGAUUCAACAGUCUAAAAUCCACAAAAAAAAAAUGUUUGUGUUACUUUUAUUCUUCAGUGUUUUGUAGAUUUAUUUGAAAUUACUCAUUGUUUUUAUUAUGUUCUUGGUCUUGCAGCAGGAUGUGUUCUGUGUAUGCUAAUAAGCAGAUGCCUGAUGGCAUUUUUCUGGUUGUGGGCUGACUGGGACUGUGUUUUGCUGUGUGCUGAAUGGUGAUUCAGAAUGUUUUUGCUCAAGGUGUGGUUUGUAUGCUUAUAAGUGGUACAGGACUCAUUCAUCUAUGUGCAUCCCCACAGGCUUGGGCCCUCAGAAAAAAGGGUAGAUUAGAUUAAAAGAUUUUUUUUUUAAAUAGGUUUUGGUUAUAAUUAGAAGACAAGAACAAGCUUCACUCACUCACAGCAGAUCUGUGUAGAAGGCAUAGGCAAAUGUACAACUGAAAGUAACAUGUUUAAGACGUUUAUACGUAGCACUAGGAAGUGAUAGCAUUUGGUUUGUUGUAUUAUAAACGCACCAAUUUGAAAAAGCUUUCUUUUUUAUGUCAUGCCAGCUACUGGAAUGUGACAUUUCAGAAUUUAAUAUAAAGCCCUUGUGUUCUGUUCAUGCCAAAUAACCCAUUAUACAUACAAGCAUACUGUAAGUUGGCCUAAUGGUUAGUGUGUCUGCCUCUCGAUCAGGAGAUUGUGAGUUCUGUUAACGGUUGGGUCAUGCCAAAGACCAUCAUAAAAAUGGUACCUACUGCUGUCUGGCAAGGCACGCUGCAAUACAGAUGUGAGUGGGUAGUCAAACUCUCACAGUUACCAGAGGACUAGCUCCCCACUGUAACCCUAGCUAUGUAAUAGGCGAGAGGCCGAGGGCUAUGGAAACAGAGAUCAGUGCUGCCACAUGGUGUGGGAA